UCCGCCCGCCUGCCCGGGUCCGGCCCGCCCCCCUCCCCCACCCCCGCCCCCAGUCCCGUCAGCGGAGUCCGGAGCCCACUGUUCUGUCGCUUCUUCCUUUUUCGACGUCUCCGCCGCCUCUUGAAGAGGAGAGCUAGCCGGGAGUUACACCACCACCGCCAGGAUGGAUAGAAUGACAGAGGAUGCACUUCGCCUGAAUCUGUUGAAACGAAGCUUGGACCCAGCAGAUGAGCGAGAUGAUGUCCUGGCAAAGCGGCUCAAAAUGGAGGGUCAUGAGGCCAUGGAACGCCUGAAGAUGUUGGCACUGCUCAAAAGAAAGGAUUUGGCAAACCUUGAAGUGCCACACGAAUUAUCUACCAAACAGGAUGGCAGUGGUGUCAAGAGCUAUGAAGAGAAACUCAAUGGGAAUCUCAGACCCCAUGGAGACAACAGGACUGCUGGAAGGCCAGGCAAAGAAAAUAUCAAUGAUGAGCCUGUGGAUAUGAGUGCUAGACGAAGUGAGCCAGACCGAGGAAGGCUGACCCCCUCCCCAGACAUCAUUGUUCUGUCUGAUAAUGAGGCUUCCAGUCCCCGUUCCAGCUCCCGAAUGGAAGAAAGACUCAAAGCAGCCAACCUAGAGAUGUUUAAGGGGAAAGGCAUCGAGGAACGACAGCAGCUCAUCAAGCAGCUGAGGGAUGAGCUGCGAUUGGAAGAAGCCCGACUGGUGCUGCUAAAGAAACUGAGACAGAGUCAGCUACAGAAAGAGAAUGUGGUCCAGAAGACUCCAGUUGUACAGAAUGCAGCAUCUAUUGUUCAGCCAUCUCCUGCCCAUGUGGGGCAGCAGGGUCUAUCCAAACUUCCUACCCGGCCUGGGGCCCAAGGAGUUGAACCUCAAAAUUUGAGAACAUUACAGGGUCACAGUGUCAUCCGUUCAGCAACCAACACCACUCUCCCACACAUGUUGAUGUCUCAACGUGUUAUUGCACCAAACCCAGCCCAGCUGCAGGGUCAGCGGGGCCCACCUAAACCUGGCCUUGUACGUACCACAACAGCGAACAUGAAUCCUGCCAUCAAUUACCAGCCGUCAAGUUCUUCUGUCCCCUGUCAGCGCACAACAUCCUCUGCCAUCUAUAUGAACCUUGCCUCACAUAUCCAGCCAGGGACCGUGAACAGAGUAUCCUCACCACUUCCUAGCCCCAGCGCCAUGACUGAUGCAGCCAACUCACAGGCUGCAGCCAAAUUGGCUCUUCGCAAGCAGCUGGAAAAGACACUCCUGGAGAUUCCACCCCCUAAACCUCCUGCUCCCUUACUUCACUUCCUGCCUAGCGCAGCCAAUAGCGAGUUUAUUUACAUGGUAGGCUUGGAAGAAGUCGUACAGAGUGUCAUUGACAGCCAAGGUAAAGGCUGUGCUUCACUUUUGCGGGUCGAACCCUUUGUAUGUGCUCAGUGCCGCACAGAUUUCACCCCUCACUGGAAGCAGGAAAAGAAUGGUAAGAUUCUGUGUGAGCAGUGUAUGACCUCCAAUCAGAAGAAGGCUCUAAAGGCUGAACACACCAACCGGCUGAAAAAUGCUUUUGUUAAAGCCCUACAGCAGGAACAGGAAAUUGAACAGCGAUUACAGCAGCAGGCAGCCCUCUCCCCCACUGCGGCUCCAUCUGUGUCCAGUGUCAGUAAACAGGAGACUAUCAUGAGACAUCACACACUUCGACAGGCUCCACAGCCCCAGAGCAGCCUCCAGCGUGGCAUACCCACAUCUGCCCGCUCUAUGCUUUCCAACUUUGCACAGGCACCCCAGCUGUCUGUGCCAGGUGGCCUCCUUGGCAUGCCAGGUGUCAACAUUGCAUACUUGAACACCGGCAUCGGAGGACACAAAACCCCCAGUUUGGCAGACCGGCAGCGGGAAUACCUUUUAGACAUGAUCCCUCCCCGGUCUAUAUCUCAGUCCAUCAGUGGACAGAAAUAACGCCUGUUCCCCUUGUACUGCCCCAACCUUGAAUCCUUUACCCCUUCCUCUCCCAUUGCCCCCAAAUUCCGUCGCAUGCAGUGCCUGUACUGGUGCCUACCAUACACGGAAAACAAAACAGAAAAACAGAAGACAAAAAAUAGAAAUCAACAAGAAAACACACGCGCCCUGCCCUGCCACCUCCCUUUUAUUUCACAUUGCUGCGAUCUGUUCUUCUGCUGCUCUGUCUUCUCUCUUCAGUUUUCUUUAACAGUGAGGUGGAUCUUCGUCUCUGAUAGAGGUCAGAGUAAGGUCCUGGGGAGAAUCUAUGCCCUCUGACGUGUGUUUCUAAAGUUUGUUUUUAUGAUAUAAUUAUCAUUAUCAUUUUUAAUGAUGUUGUGUGUCCUCCCUUUGUUCAGUGGACAGUUAAACCUUUUUAUUUUCCUCCAAUUUUUUUUUCUUUCUCUUUUUUUAUUUUUUAUUUUUAAACACGGAUGGCAUUCAGUUAAAUAAUAGGAUCAUUGCAGUAGGGUCCCCAACUGCCAAAGUAGGACAUGACUGGGACACUUAGGGGCAGAAGUUUUUAAUGCACUUAACCCGGGAUGGGGAAGGAGGUGGUGGCAUCAAAUAAGGAGGAAUAGCACCCAGCUGUGGGUGUUUCUGCGCUGGAGAGUUUGGGAGGCAGUGUUUAGUAUUGAAGUUGGGCUCUAAGAAUGAGAGGGAAAGAGCCUGGUGGGAGAAGCUUUAAAACUCAACCUCCCUGAAGUUUACCCAUGGAGAAGGAGGAAGAGGAAGAGGUACGAUGAUGAACAUAAUGCUGACCCAGGGGGACUGAGAGCAGGUCCAGGCCUUCUGGAUGCUGGGGGAAUGAAAUUGGUCUUCUGGCCCCAGUGGGGAUGAGGAAGUCUAUUCCAGGCCAAGUACCCCAAAUUUAUUUCAUCUUUCUUUUAAAAUUCUCCCCCCAUCCCCACCCCACCUACCUCCACUUUUGUCUCUUGGGUUUAGGUGUCAAGGGUUUUGGUUUUUUUUUUUAAUCCUAAUGUGUUCCCUCUAGCCACAACCCCAUCUUUAGUAUAGAGGAAUGGCUAAAGCCAUAACUGUUCCCAGGCUCAGUUUGCUCAGUGUCCUAGGAGUUGGAAUGAACAUGAGUGAGUAAAAAUGGUAAAAGGGUGAAAUAGACUUGGAGGAAGGAGUUUCUCUCCUAUUAGAAUUUUCACGUUUGUCUAUCUCCUUCACCCUUUCAGUGCCAGGAGAUGAGGGUGAGGGCACCAAAUCAGGCUGCAGUCCUGCCCUAACUCUGCUCCACUUAUGGUAGAACCAGCUGCCUAAAGCCAAACAACUCAUGUCAAACCGACUUUGGACCUAUGCUGUAAAAGUUUUGUGGUUGUUUUCUUUUUUUGUGUUGUUGUUUUUUUUGGGGGGGCAUUCCCCCCAGAAUUCUAUUAAUUUUGCUCUUUUUGGUUUUUUUUGUUUUGUUUUUUCCUUAAGCGCUACUAAGGUAGAAAAUGAAUUGAAUUGUGCAAUGUUGCUGUUCUGGGGAUUGGGGAUAUUAGCAUCCCAUUUGCCCACGAUGUGGGGGAAGGGAAGAGGGGCCAGGCUGUUUUUGAGGUAAGGAAAGCCCCUUAAGGUAAGGCUUUCUGCUUUCCUUAUAAUGUAUACAUACCCGCCUGUCCAGCUCCAGAAGCUGCCAGAGUGUGCUGAAGGGAUACUCCUAGCAGAGAGGUGUGAUGAGGAUUUUACCCUUGGAAGCCACCUGGGGAAGUUCCCCCAUUUUUAUUUUUAAAAAUUAAUUUUUUUAAAAAUAAGAAGGCACUUUUAAAAUGAACACACACACAAGCUGCACAUCUUCCCCCAUAAAGUUUGGGGUUGGGGUGGGAGAAGGAGCUAGAAUCAGGCUUAGUUCCCCCCACUCUGGCCUCUGUUCCCAACACCCCAGUGCCAUGGGGUGAUUAUACUGGCCCUACGGGCCUUCCCAGCUUUUUUCUUCCCUUCCCCCAAAUUCAUUGAGCACUUAAUAAAGGAGCAGAGAUGCAGCCUGUGUCUGGGCUCCCCCAGUGGUGAAAUGAUCUGGAAGCUUAGAUGCUAGUAACAGGUAGUGAUGGGGUCAUUUGAGUAUUUUUCUGGGGAAUGUGGUACCCCUUGACUGUAAGUUGUGGGGGAGGGAGGGGGGUUAAUGGAAGUGGGUCUGGGAUUAUUUUAAAAUCAUAUAUAUAUAUAUAUAAAAAGAUAUAUUCUUACAUCUUUUCUUUGCCCUCUGUGCUUUGAAAGCACUGGAUAAAUUGUUUGGUUUUGCUUUUUUUUCUUCCACAAAAUUGGAAGCUUUUUGUUUUGUUUUCAAUGUUUUCCCUGCCAGUCAUCUAGCCUUGUGGCAUGUCUGUCCAGCCUCUUCCCCCCAUGAUGAAGUGCCAUUUCUGUUAUGUCUCCCUCUCCCCCAGCUCAGAGGUGCUCAGAGGUACGAGGUGCCCAAGUUUGUCAGUUGAGAUUAAAAGUAAGGAACAGAGAAUGUGCAAUACCUUCUGGCUGGGGGCUUUCGCUGCCCUGAGCUGAUUCCCUUCCCUGGAAGCCAGGCCACCUUUGAAUGGGGUUUGGAGGUAAGAUGUGUAGAGAUGGGGGAUGAUGGGGAAGGAAAGUCUAUAGUCCAGUGUCUGCUUAGAUGCUAAGACACUGGGGGAGAGGGUGGAAUCUUCCCCUCUAUUUAUCCCCUCAUGGUCAAUUCCAUAGAAGCUGCUUAUUGACUAGUGUAGCUCCAUGACCCUUUGCUCAAUUGCUGAGGUUUGAUUUCUUACCCUCUUUUCUCCCCAUUUUCAUACCCUUCGCAGGGAUUAGUGAUGGGGGUGAGGGCUCCCUAAUCAUGGUAAAGUAUUAGCCUUUCACCUCCUCCCUUUUCUCCCUCUCCCCCAUCUUCCUCGAGUCUCUUCUUUUUCAUCAUUGAUUGCCCUGUCCCUCCAAGUCUGUUGCUACUGUCCAUCCCCAGGCCUUGGGCCCUGAGGACAGACACUACACCUCAUGUCUAAGGAUAGGAGGAAAGGCCCUCUCUGUUCUGAGAAUCAGCCUUUACCCCUGGAGCUCUGAAUGAAGCCUAGGGUAAUAAUAGAGUGAGGAUCCUACCAGUUCUACCUGGCUUCCUCCAUCCCCAGAGGCACUGAAAGUAGUUUAUGGACAAUGUCUUGCUCCCUAGAAGCCUGAAAUGGGUGGAUUAGCAGUAGGGCUUGAGUAAAGCUGGGAGACAGAGGUCCUUAUUUCUUGGUGUUAUUUUGUCCUUUGACCACAGCAUCCAGACUCCCUCCAUCCCUGGAAUAAGUAUUUUUUUUCCAUAUUUUUGGAUGUAUGUAUGGUAGAAAAGAUUUUUUUUUAAGACAGAGAUAAAUGUUUUCCUGCUUUGGUUACCUUUCCUUUCCCCCUUUAAAAGGAAUUAGCUAUAGAACUGCUUUGUAAAGAUGCUUCUUGAUAUUUUACUUUUGUUCCUUCUCCCCAACCACUUCCUUUUCUCCCCACUCCUCCAGAAGGCAUAACCCUUCUCUCCACAACCCCUACCCCCACCGCAGUCCUAGGUUCCCUUCCCUUCCAACAAGCCCUUCAUUAGCUUAUGAUAUUUGCUGCCGAAAUGUUAUAACAAGGACUCAUUCGUGUAUAUAAGCUAUUUCUUGAUCCAUUUAAAAGGAAUUGUACAUUGUGUAGAAAAAAAAAAAAACCUUAAAAAGAGAAAAAAAAAAAAAAAAAAAG